GCAGUGCCGUUCUGACAAGCGGGUGGGUCGCACGUGUAUGCGACAGUGAAGUUACGACACGUGAUAAAUGGAUAUAUCGUAAACAUUUUAUUCAAGAUAUCAAUACAAAUAAUCCAGCAAAAUGGGUCACGAUGAGAAGAAGGGCACCAUAGUUUUGGAAAACUUCAAUUCCACUGCCAACCUUGCUUCAAACCCUGGGUUCCAGUCCACAUUGAGCCUGGGGUCAAAGGAGGUCAUCAAUGAAAAGUCGUACAACCCCUUCGAGCAUAGACGGGUUGAACAUCCAAAUUCAACAAUUGGUUCCUUAGUGCACCUGCUGAAAUCCUCACUGGGGUCUGGUAUCCUGGCGAUGCCCGCAGCCUUCAGGAAUGCUGGUCUGGCGGCCGGAGCAAUCGGCACAAUUGUCAUUGGGUUUAUUUGCACACACUGUGUUUAUGUGCUGGUCAAAAUAUCACAUGAAGUUUGUGUGGAAGCGAAAAAGCCAUCAAUGGGAUUUGCUGAGACUUGCGGAGCGGCUUUUGAAUUUGGACCGAAAAGACUAAGACCGUGGGCAAAUUUCGCAAGGACAUUCAUCGACUGGGCACUCACAUGUACUUACUUAGCAGCUCUUUGCGUCUACAUAGUUUUCAUAGCUGAGAAUUUUAAAGAGGUACUGGAUGAGUAUAUCCCCGAAUACAAGCUCUCUGUAGAAGCCUACUGUGCUUUGACUCUCGUGCCUUUAGUACUCAUAUGUCAAAUACGAAACCUCAAGUGGCUGGUGCCCUUUUCGGCGAUCGCUAACGUGUUCCUCGUAGUAUGUUUCGCGAUCACCAUGUACUAUAUCUUCACUGAUCUGCCCAGCCCCACUGAACGAGAAAUGGUCGCCAGUGUCACACAAUGGCCACUCUUUAUAAGUACGGUUAUCUUCGCCAUGGAGGGGAUAGGCGUGGUGAUGCCCGUAGAAAAUGAAAUGGCUAAACCACAGCAGUUCUUGGGUUGUCCUGGAGUACUGAACGUAGCUAUGACAAUCGUGAUAUCUUUAUACGGCAUUGUGGGUUUCUUUGGCUACAUGAAGUUUGGAGAUGACGUUCGUGGCAGUGUCACGUUGAAUUUACCACAGGAUGAGAUACUCGCCCAAAGCGCAAAGAUCCUUAUGGCACUGGCGAUUCUCUUCACAUACAGCCUUCAAUUCUACGUACCUAUGGAAAUGAUAUGGAGGCAAUUGCAAGACAAGAUAUCGGUCAAAUAUCACAACUUCACUCAGAUUAGUAUACGUACUGGGUGUGUUAUAGGAUCUGUUGCGUUAGCUGCAGCAUUUCCUGACCUGGAGCUCUUCAUCAACCUAUGCGGCGCCAUCUUCCUUUCAAGCCUCGGUCUCCUCACUCCCGCCAUCGUCGACACAGUUCACAAUUGGGACAGAGGCUUGGGACCGUUCAAGUGGAUUCUAUUUAAGAACAUCUUCAUAGCUAUGAUUUCCCUCGUCGCUCUCUUCGCUGGAUCCUAUUCUUCUAUAAACGGAAUGAUAAGGAAAUUUAACACACCUGUAUUGGAAAUGAAUGCUACUAGUAUUUUAAAUGAUACAAUGACACUAUGAUAGUUUUAGAGGAAUAAACUUAGGAUAUAGUAUUGAAAAACUUUGUAAAUAGAUUUGACGUUGGUACUGCACAAAGCGGGAUAUUAAAUUAAAUAGGUAAUGUUAUUUUUGGACGGUUGCAGUUCCACAAACGUGGACGAAUCGUGUUCAUCGUUAUGUCAUAAUUAUUUAAGGAAUUAUUGAUGCUAAAAUUUUUAAGUUUAAUUAAAAUAUUGUGUAAUGUAUGACAUAAAUACAUGCGGCUGUAAGUCUAUAAUAACGUUUAAUAAGUACAAAUAAUGAGCUGUUCCAUAACUAAUAUAAUUAGGUACUUUUAUAAAUAAUCGUAUUAACAAUAGUGUACUGUAUUAUUUUAUAAGUCUAGACGACUCUAAAAUCGCUAGUAAAUGCGAAUUGGCACUCCAUUUAGCAAUGGGCGUGAACGAAUAUGGUUUGACAGCUUUCUUUUAAAAUGUUUUCAGAAUCUACGAGAAUGCCGGAGUCGAAAUAGAAAUAUAUCAGAUUUAUUUUAAUGUUUCCACAAACGUGUUGUUAUUUGUAAAUAAUAACGUGACAUUAUCAAUUUUGAGACUACUCUUAAAUGAAUUAAAUUUGAUGAAUUAAAUGAUCUGUAUCACAAUAAAUCAAUUUAAUUAAUAUUCUAGAUUAUGUUUGUUAUAAUUUUUCAGAGAAAAAUAAUAGCACAGAUUAAAAAUAUUCUCAUAUAUUUACGUUUAACAGAUUGUAAAGUUGUGAGGUUCUGUUCUUAAAUAAAUAUAUAGAGUAAAUAAUACAAAAAUGAACUAAACAAUCAUUUCAAAACGGCGUACUAGUAAUAAAAUUCAACUUUUGAUUAUGCACAAGGCAAAUAUUUUUUGGGUCCUUUUGGAAAAUUCUUGUAUCUGAAGUUCUAAAAAUCUGCUAAUGUAAACUGUUUAUUAUGAGUUUGUAUUAUGAAAUUUUUCGAUAAAUAUUUGUUCAGGAAUUUUCAGGAUUGUUUGGCAAUUUUCUAUUAAUUGUACAACAAAGUCAAUAUAAAAUUGAUCGAUAAGGCAAAAACGAGUUAAUCUUCUGCGGAAAUUGAAAAAGGGCAGUGGUGACUCAUUGGUUAGGACCUCGGUCUGCAAUCGAUAACUCGGGGUGUUCGAGACCAGACGAGCGUGC